CGCGGCCACGGCUACGGUCGGCAAAAAAACGCCCACGACCUCACUACCCCCGCCCCGGCGGCUAUAUUUGUACUAAUGUUCAUGAAUUAUACGACUGUAGUCGCUGUUUCUCUUUCUGAACAACACCUGGGUGGCAACCCGGUACCAGGGUGGUGCGGAGCUUUGCCCGUGACUGGAAGUGCCAGAGUUCAUCGUGCGUUGCAAUUUCUUCAUGUGAGUUGUAUUUCGUGCUUCGCUUCAUGAAUCCUUCCAGAAAGAGAGCCACCAGCCGCUCGUUGGUGACUUACCAGUGUGAGCUUGUUACUAGCACGAGCCCAACAUCAUCUAGGAGUGAGGAGAGUUGAUGGGACAUGUGUGAGCGGAAGAUGCUUUGUUAAGAGUCAUUCGGGAACUGAACUUACUUAAUAAGCAUCUGGCCCCGUCCUUGGUUGAGGUUGAAGAAGGGAACGUUUGACAGAAUGGGGUCUGACCGUCUUCCAGGGGGGGUGUCGGGAUUGGCGACCGGCCACCCAUCCUCGAAGAACGAAGGAGCAACGGUGCAGAUGAAGAGUCCUUUCUUUGGAACCACAAAUAUUAAAACGAGGCCCCCCGGCGCAGUACAACCGAGUGUAGUGACACCAGCUGACAAAAAGUGCGGGUCGGCACCGCCAAAAGGACGCAAGCUCUCGGGCGUGUCGCUUCCCACCUGGCGGGUAUCCACGUCCUCCUCCGCGUCUUCUUCGAGUGGCGGCAAUGGGAAUCACUCGGGAGCCAAAACAAGUAGCGGGAACAACAAACGCGGCUCCCUGGGCACUCUGAAUGCUUCGUCGAAAUCCGUGGUGUUCAAGAUGAAGAAUUUUUCGAAUGUGUUUCGAAAACGGUUCACCGGUAUUCCCGAGACCGCGCCCGUGAUUGCCUGGAAGUCGGUGAACAUUGCCUACCAUUCGGAUUCGCGGCUCGCCGGCGAAAUUGUGGACCAACUCUGCGAGAAGUGCAGCUUGGAGCAGCUGAACCGGGCUCGGGAUCCACGACUGUCGUUACUGGCAGCGCCAGGAUCGUCGUUUCGUGAAUCCGGGGUGGACCACGAAGCCCGCACUCCGGAUGCCAAGUGCAGCGCAGCGGCCGCAGCGCCUUUGAUGGCCGGACGCGACAGCGUCACCGUCACCGAAGACGUCGAUGCUGUCUCUGUACCGCCGAAGCUCUCGAAGUCGGCCACGUCUUCGACGAAUGGCAGCUCGGUAGAAAGCGACCUUGGAGCAGGCGAAGACAAUCUUCCAAACGCCGUAGCGUCCGCAAAAAAGGACCACAGCCACCACGGGAAGAAGUCGAGAAAAAGGAGCGCUGGAGGCCGAGCAGGGGGCUCAUCGAUCAUAAGCCGACUGUCCUUUCGCCGCACGGGGUCAGGCAAAGCCCUGGGCCGCAAGGCAUCGAAAUUGUUCGUGGAGCUCUCCUCUCGCGAUAUCUACGAAGAUGCGCGGAACUCGGUGCUUUCGGCGGCCGAGCUCCCGCAAGGACGCGAAAGUAAACAAAUUUAUUGUUUUGUUGACGUGGACAUGAUCAUGCACAUGCAGGCAGCUGUAAUUCUUCUUUUUUCUCAAAUUCAAAAUCAAUCGUAUUUUCAGAUAGAGAUAGAUGUUUUGUCCGUGGUUUACUAGCACGACCAGUCCUCACAUUUUCAUGUUUCUCAACAGCGUACCAGAGCAUCACUGUAACUCUUCCGCCGAAUCCGGGUCCUGUGGUGUCUGAUGCAGAAACCGUCGACAGCACCGCGCAGCAUCACUCGCAGCUGCAGCAGCGUGACAACGCUAGGCUACAGCAGGACCAGGCCCGUUCAAAGGGGAAGGUGUUGGUUUCAUGCACACCAAAACUGUGUGGAAACUGGAAAGAUGACGCAGAUCCUUACGCUACGCUGUCGCUGUUCCUAGCCCUUCGCGGAGUUGGUACUUACUUACAAUUUCCGGUGCUCUUCAUAGUACGCCGACGCGAAAAGAGAAGUCUGUUCAUAGAAUCCGAAUUGGUUGAAAAUCUGUUCAUAGAAUCCGAAUAUGCAAUUUUAUGUGCAACAACAACGCGCAAACCACAAACUUUGGAUUUGCUUGCCCUCACAGGACCAAAACAAACUGGACCGCCGCACGUUUGAAAAUCUUAUGUCAGAUUUGACGAACUUCGUGCUGUGGAGCCGCACCGUGCUGUUGCGUUCUACGCCCGAGUCGAUACUGGUUUUCUACCAUCCGGAGCGGGAAGAAGAGUGUCGCAAAAUAUUUCCGCCGGAAGCGACUUUCGUUGCUUUGGAAGAGGCAACAACAAGCCAUGGCUCACUUAAACCUGUUCCUGCGGAAGUGAUGCACAUGACGCUUCAGAGUUCUUUGACGGGUGUGUUACAGCGCGAGAACAGUAGCAGGCGCCCCUCACG